UCUCUUUCGCUUUGAUUCCUUCACGCCUGUCCUGCCCUCGCAACUCCUGUUCUCUUCUUCUUCUCCUCCUCCACACAAUUGGGGUGUGUGUGUGUGUGUGUGUUUUGGAAUCAACAGUGUUUUAACUCUGGGGGGUGGGCGGGGGUUUUGCCAUGAGGAAUACGAACCAGUUUUUUGUCUUGGCUGUGCUUUCCUUUGCUGUGAACGGAAGUGAGACGGCUGACGCUGAAGAGAAGUUAAUGAACCAUCUCCUCAACGCUUCACGCUACAACAACUUAAUUCGCCCAGCCUUCAACUCUUCACAGUUAGUUGUGAUAGAAUUGCAGGUUAUUCUGUCCCAGCUUAUCAAUGUGAACGAACGGGAACAAAUAAUGACCACCAAUGUCUGGCUCAACCAGGAAUGGACAGAUUAUCGCUUGGCCUGGGAACCGUCCGAAUACGAAGGCAUCAACAAACUCAGGAUACCGGCUAAGAAAGUGUGGCUCCCGGACAUUGUACUGUACAAUAACGCUGAUGGCACCUACGAAGUCUCCGUCUACACAAAUGUGAUUGUUCAGCACAACGGAAGCAUGUUGUGGAUGCCGCCGGCCAUUUACAAAAGUGCCUGCAAGAUUGAAGUGAAGCAUUUUCCCUUCGACCAACAGAACUGCACUCUCAAAUUCCGCUCUUGGACUUACGACCACUCUGAAAUUGAUAUGAUAUUGAAGACUGGCUCGGCCAGUAUGGAUGACUUCACGCCCAGCGGGGAGUGGGACAUUGUGGCCCUCCCAGGUCGAAGAACUGAAAACCCUUCGGAUCCAAACUACGUGGAUGUGACAUACGACUUCAUCAUCAAAAGGAAGCCUCUUUUCUAUACCAUCAACCUCAUCAUACCUUGCGUGUUGAUCACAUCCUUGGCUAUCUUGGUGUUUUACCUGCCAUCGGAUUGCGGCGAGAAGAUGACCUUGUGCAUCUCUGUCCUGCUUGCUUUGACUGUUUUCCUGCUCCUGAUUUCUAAAAUCGUCCCUCCAACUUCUCUGGACGUUCCGCUGAUUGGGAAGUAUCUGAUGUUCACCAUGGUGCUGGUGACCUUCUCGAUUGUGACCAGCGUCUGUGUGCUGAACGUCCACCACAGGUCUCCCAGCACUCAUGCGAUGCCUCCGUGGGUCAAGGUGGUCUUCCUUCAGAGGCUGCCGAGCUUCCUCUUCAUGAGGAGACCGCACAACCAGUCGGCGAGCCAACGGUUGGCCAACCGCAAGAAGAACAAAGCAGAGCCUUCACCUUCAGAUUUCUCCAGCACAUACAAGGAUUGUACUUACUUUGUGAAUGCAGCGGCGGGCCAAAGAUACAACGUGAAACUGACAGACAACCCUGAUCACGUCGGCAGCCAUCAAGACCUGAGGUUACGAUCCUCCGUCAAGUUUUCUCCCGAGGUCCAAGAAGCAAUUGAGGGAGUCAGCUUUAUAGCGGACCAUAUGAGGAGCGAGGACAACAAUGAGAGCGUCAUUGAAGACUGGAAAUACGUGGCCAUGGUGGUGGACAGGCUCUUCCUCUGGAUAUUUGUCUUUGUGUGUGUGUUGGGGACCACUGGAUUAUUCCUGCAGCCCCUUUUUCAAAACCACCUGCCUGCCAUGAGCCCAUAACCUGAGCGGAAUCUAACUCCAAAGAGUGCUUGUUCACAGGAUGGGAAGUUCCGAGUUCCACAAUUUCAAUUUCAAGUUUCUUUAUUCAGAUCUUGAGUGUGUUUGUUUAUUUGUUUUUUUGUUAUUGUUUUUUUUUUUUUACUGCUCCUUCCCAGUUGAAAAUGAAUAAUCUGUGCAACAUCGUUACUGAGAAGACCCAAGAAUAGGUUGGAAGGACUUCUAUGAUUCCCUUUUAGCCGGAACUCUUAAAUUAACUGUUUUGGUUUGGCUUUUCCGGGGAGAAAAAAAUUGUACCACUGUUAUUUUUUUUUAUUUAUUAAAGCACUCUUCCUCAGCUGGUUCUGCAGUGUUCUGCUAGGGAGUUGUGAUGGGCUGGCCAAAACGUAGGUUGUGCAAGGGACGCACAACCCUGGUUUUCAUUUAGUUUCGUGGACAACUUUAAAGGGGAAAAGCAAGGAAAAGAAUUAUUUUCAGACUAGAUGGUUUUCCUUACUAAGUACUGUAUGAUCCUGACCGCCUGAUCCAGACAUCUAAAGAGGGUCAGCUCCCCAACCUCCAUUCCUUCCAGAAUUCCCUGAAAAACAUGAAGCAACAAAACCGUUCUCCUGCAGAACCAAGAACCUUGGGCAUCAAAGACCUGAAUUGACCCAUCUAAAAUAUCUUUUUUUUUUCCCUCUUUCAUUGUUGAUCCCCACAAAAGUUUGCAGACAACCCAACUGAUAUUUGGGCCAUUCGACUCCUUUCUCUGGUUUUGAAAGGGGUCCUUUUCUGAAGGUGGUUUUAAGUUCUUCCUGAAAAAUUGAGAGCCUAGAGAAUCCAUCCAGAUUUCGGGUGGUUAUAAGGCUGUAUCUUUAGAUUAAGAAGAUAUAAAAAAAAAUCCCUAUGAGGCAUUCCUAAAAGAGAUGAUUGGUAGCCUGGGCUUUGUUGUCUGCAGAUAUCACGAAGCUGAAGGUGGGAAAGAUUCAACUCAGAGUAGCUCAUCCUAGUGACAGUAAAACACGAUUGACCAUUUAUGGGAGAGGGCUGUAGACAUGUUCGCACACUCUUAUUCUAUGCAUGUUCAGAGUAAUGAUCCAAGAGUUUUGGCUAAAGCAUUCAUGUAGGGAAAGGGAGCCCAGGGGAAGAAAAUAAUGUGACUGUGGAGGAUGGAUCUAGUAGUUCUGAAAUGUAUGAAACCACAUUAACAGGUUUUGUUGGGGUCAGCUGUAGCCACGGAAGGUGGUGACAUGUAGAGGCAUGCCAUUCAAUGCCCAAGGAUUGUGUA